GAGCCCCGAGACUCCCGUCGGCGAGGAGCCCUUCCGUUCGCCCCGCGCAGCCCGGUCCGGCGAAAGGGAUGGAGCCGGGGCCCGCGUGGGGCCGGACGGCGUGCAUCGUGACGGGCGCGUCGCGGGGGCUCGGCCGGAGCUUGGCCCGCCUGCUGGCCGCCCACCUGCCGCCCGGCUCGGCGCUGCUGCUGGUGGCGCGCUCGGCGGGGCCACUGGGCCGGCUGGAGGGCGAGUUGCGCGCCGCCUGCCCGGGGCUUCUGGUGCGGGCCUUGCCCGCCGACCUGGGCUCCGAUCAGGGGCUGCGGCGCGUGGCCGAGGCCGGCCGGGAGCUGCGCGAGGCCCGAGACCCUCAGCGCCUGCUGCUCAUCAACAACGCCGGGACUCUGGGCGACGUCUCCAAGACCUUCUGCGACUUCUCCGAGCCCGGCGACGUCAACAGCUACCUAAACCUCAAUGUGACCUCCGCCCUCUGCUUGACCGCCUCCAUCCUGAAGGCCUUUCCUGCCCAACCGGGCUUCAGCCGCGUGGUGGUCAACGUCUCCUCCCUCUGCGCCCUGAAGCCCUUCAAGAGCUGGACCCUCUACUGCGCGGGAAAGGCGGCUCGGGACAUGAUGUUCCGGGUCUUAGCGGCCGAAGAGCCAGACGUGCGGGUGCUGAAUUACGCCCCAGACGCUCUCAUCGCCCGGCUGCGGCAGUGCUACUUCCUUCCACCCCUGUGA